AUGUCCGCUCCACCUAUGCGCACUAGGUCUUCAGCACUGAGCAGGGACGCUUGCCGAAGACACAAAAAAACAGGCUGGGCCCCCAUUACCUUCUGCGAGGAGGAGGAGCGUGGCGUUAUCCUCCCUCAUGAUGACCCAAUCAUUAUCCGCACCGACAUCUCUAAUUUUGACGUUGGGUGCAUCUUGGUAGACACUGGCAGCUCGGUCAGUGUGAUGUUUACUGAUGCCUUCGAUGAGCUCCAGGUCCCGUCUCAUUUGCUCGACCGAAGCAUCACACCCUUAAUAAGCUUUUCAGGCGAUGUGGUCCAGCCUAUCGGGAGCAUUCAUCUCCCUAUCUCUAUUGGAGCAGCACCCCAACGAACGACGGUCACCACUCCUUUUCUCAUUAUUGAUUGCCCCACAACCUACAAAGUCAUCCUGGGACGCCUUGCCAUGGCCUAG